GAGCUCCAUCUUGCACCUAGUUUCUUCCAAUAAUGCUCUAUAUUCAUUGCUUUGUGGUUAUAUUUUUUCCUGUUUGCAUUGGUAAUUGAGCAGUAUUUUAAGGAAUUUAUUUGAGCAAAUAAAUCUAGCCUUGGAUUGCAGAAUAAUUUACUGACAGGUUGCAGGGUUCUCGCCGAGAUAUUUUGAGAUAUGGGAGUUUGGGCAUUGCUGUGUCUUGUUUCAUUUUUACUGCCACCAAUUGGAAGGCAAUGCAAUAUGCAUCUCCAAAGGGUGUCCUAAAUAUGUUACUUGGGGUCAACCAGCCAAACCUUGAUCAGAAGAAAGGAGAAUCACGAUCUUCAAGAAUCCAACAAUUUGUGAAAUAUAUAUCUGAUGUUGAAGCCAGCGGGACUACCCCUACUGUCCCAGAGUUUCCAUCUAAACUUGAUUGGCUGAAUACAGCUCCACUUCAAUGGCACAGGGGUGGAUCUCGGACUAGGAAAUUUCCUCUUUUGAAAUGCAAUGAGGUGUGUAAGCCAGUCUUGGAGGGAGUAACAGGUAUUAAACAUCUUGAUCUGGUUAAAUUUGCAUUAUUAGGUAAGUGGAUUUGGUGUUUUGGUUCUAACUUCAAAGGAGGUCAGUUUGUGGAAAUCUAUAAUCAAGGCCAAGUAUGGUGUGGAUCUGGGAGGGUGGAGGACUAAGAAAUCCUCCUUGUAUAGCGCCUUCUUUCUUUGGAAGGAGAUUGAUAAGGUGGCUAUCCUGGUCUUCUGUAAUCUAACCGUCUCUGUGGGCAAUAGAGAAAAGGUUAGAUUUUGGUUGGACCAUUGAUGUUGUGUCCUUUCCCUUAUAUUCUCCACCCCAACCUUAUCUAGACUUUGUCUAGUCCUAGAGAUCUUUGUGGUUGAUUGUUUUUCGAUUAGCGGCUUUGGUGAGGGGUGGACACCCCUAUUCUGUAGAAAUUUGAAGGAUGAAGAAAUAGUGGAGUUAUUUGCUCUCCUUUCUCGUGUGCAGGGAUUCGUGGUAGCCCCUAGGGUAGAGGAUUUAAUCAUUUGGAGCCAUGACAGGUUGGGAGCCUUCACGGUGAAAUCUUUCUAUGGCAUCCUUUCCUCCCCUGAGGAUCAAGCUUCCCCUAGCUGUAUGGGUUUGGUGUGGUCUUAUUCACGGCCUUUGCUUGGUUGGUUGGCAGAAAUCGUAUCCUCACUAUUGACAACCUUCAGAAGAGAGGCCUUUUCCUCCUUGGUGCCUAUCUCUUUUGCCUUGCUGAUGUAGAAUUGAUGGAUCACUUGCUGCUUCACUGGCCCUUCUCGGAAGUUUGGAGUGGAAUCCUGUAGCAGGCCGAUGUCUCUUGGGUCAUGCCCUACUUUAUCGAUGGGCGUCUUCAGUCUUGGGACAUAGGGGGUGGUGGAAAGCUCGAAAACAAGU